AACCGGCCUAACCUCUCCCUCUCUCUUUCUCUCUUCUUCUCCCACUCAACUCCGAUGGCUCUCAUCCGGGAACGCCGCCAGCUCAACCUCAGCCUCCCCUUGCCGGAGCCCACCGAGCGUCGCCCACGUUUCACUCUCCCUCUCCCUCCCGCCGCCGUAGUCGCCGCCGCCAACUGCUCCUCCUCGUCUUCCUCUUCCGCCGCGGUAUCCGCCUCCGACCUCGAAAGACUCGAGGUCCUCGGCCACGGUAGCGGCGGCACAGUCUACAAAGUCCGCCACAAGCGCACGGGAGCUAACUACGCCCUGAAAAUAGUGAAAGGCGACUCCGACCCCACCGUCCGCCGCCAACUCUACCGCGAGAUCGAAAUCCUCCGCCGCACGGACUCCCCCCACGUCGUCCACUGCGACGCCAUAAUCGAGAAGCCGACCGGAGACAUGUGGAUUCUCAUGGAGUACAUGGACUCGGGAACGUUAGAGAGUUUGCUCAAACAGCAAGGCACGUUCUCCGAGGCCAAGCUCGUUCACGUUGCACGUCAAGUCCUCAACGGGCUCAACUACCUCCACGGUCAGAAGAUCAUCCACCGUGACAUCAAGCCGGCCAAUCUGUUAGUCAACAGCAACAUGGAGGUCAAGGUCGCCGACUUCGGCGUCAGCAAAAUGUUGUGCCGAACACUCGACAACUGCAACUCGUACGUUGGGACUUGCGCUUACAUGAGCCCCGAGAGGUUCGACCCCGACACGUACGGUGGAAACUACAACGGCUACGCUAGUGAUAUAUGGAGCUUGGGUUUGACUCUCAUGGAGCUUUACAUGGGUCACUUCCCGUUCUUGCCUCCGGGUCAAAGACCCGACUGGGCGACCCUUAUGUGCGCCAUAUGCUUCGGGGAGCCACCGGCGCUGCCGGAGGGAGUGUCGGAGGAGUUUAGGAGUUUUAUGGAGUGUUGCUUGCAGAAGGAGUCGGGGAAGAGGUGGACGGCGGCUCAGCUUUUGACCCACCCGUUCGUUUGUAGAGAUCCGAAAUCGAUUCGGUGAAGGAUUUGUUCAUGUUUGUUGGUGUCGAAUAUCCGCGCGGCGGAAUCCGAUUGUAAUUAGUAGUCGGGUCGCCGGGUUUGACAUAACUUUUUGGACAUUUCUGGUUUAUAGGAUAUUACUGAGUAACAAUUGUAUAUACUUGCCGGAUUCGGAUUCUUUAAUCUUGAGUUCUUGUUUCUUCAUCA